AUGGCAACCAACCCCUACGAUUCCGUCUACUCCAAACUCACCUCCGAACUAUCCGCCAGGAUGUCAGCCAGCCCCUACGAUCCGUGGGUCUUCGCCUCACACCUCGCCCGAGCAUCCCGGGCCCACGCCUCCUUCAACCCAACAUUAACCACUAGCACCAGCACCAGCACCAUCACCUCCCAAUCAACAUUCUCCCCAACGCCUACGGCUUUCAGACAGACCGGCAUCAUCCCACCCGGAUACGAGUGGUUCGACUCUCCUUUGUGGUGGCCUCUCUUGUUGCUCAAACUCCUCUUGUGGCCUUUGAUCACGCGCAUCUUGGUCUUUCUCAUCACCUACGGCUUCUGGAUUGGAGUCCCGCUAUGGGGAGUCUACAGUCUCUUCAUGACCUUCUGGCCCAACUCCCAGCGAGCCGUCUAUAACUCCUUGUUCCUUCGGGCAUGGAGAGCCCUCCCCGAAUGGCAGGCUGUGAUGUUCCAUCUCAGAUACAAUUUCGUCUUGGAUAGGCUCUGGUAUGAAUACUACCACCUCUGGAACUUGGCGAGGAGGCACAUGGUCCGAGCCUUUUUCAUUGGUCUGGCCUUAUGGUUCUUCUCCAAGGAAUUCUUUAGGAAGGAUCGUUUAGAUUUGACUGGAAAGGGAUUUUGGGUGCCCGGGUACAUGGUGGAGAGGAAAUUGGAUGGAAGCAAUUUUCUUGGAACAGAUGAUAACUUUCUCGGAGAUUCCGCGAAGAAGCCGAGGAAAAAGGCAGUUGUGGAGGAAGAUUCGUCGGACGUUGUGUGGACUACUGGUUCUGAUAAUUUUAAGGAUGGCGAUGAUWUGUUCGAUUGGGGACGCUUUCACUUUGUCCAGGAGGUAAACACUUUUGACGUACCGGGGGAGGCCGACACCUCUCCAACCACCACCAUCACAACUGAGAGCUCCGAUGCGGCACCCGCGGACGAAAUUCCGAUGUUCUACACGAGAGGCUGGGGAGGCCAUGUACAGAAUGGGCCUUGUGGGGAAGAUGGACGGGCGUGGUGCACGUUAUGUAGACAGAGACAUUCCUGCGGGUUGUAG